UAGCCGGGUUUAGCAGGGUUUAGCAAUUCAUCCGUUCCAAACUAUUUACUAUAACGUAGUAACUAAACUAAUACCUAAUCUGUGUAUUCAAACGUUGAUGAUUGAACGGAUUGAACUGGAACAUUCAAUUCAAAUAACUUGAACAAAGUAUCGCCUGCCUGGUGCACACAUCCAAGGUGCCCUUGGUUUGGUUAGUGGUUGCCGGUUGGUUCCAUGGUUCUCAUCGUGAUUCUGCAGUGAUUCUGCCUUUUGGAACCAUUAUUACAAUUUUGUAAUAUGGGUCAAUUGAUAUCCAAGACAGGGUUGAUGCUGGACGUAUAUUCGAAAAAGUAUCCUAAUCUCUUUAAUUCCAUAUGGUGGGAUUUCCUGUUCAAGUGCAUAAUCGGCACACCAAAGCAAAGCAAAGCGAGGGAAGCAGUUGUUUACCAUGCUAGCCAGGAUAGGGCUGUUCCAGAGGAAAGUUGUGGUUGUUUGUACGCCUACCGCGGUUACCCUGAGUUCAAUAACUUUAAAUGCCACAAUGGUAUACUCAAAGACAAAGUGUCGAGGCGCAAUAGCAGCACCCACUGCAAGGAUGGGUCAGAUGAGACGAAGUGCGCAUGCGGGGAGACCUCUAGCCCCUCUCACAUGUGCCAGUUUAGGGACCAGCCCGGGACGGACCCACUUAGCCUGUCUAAUAGCGGCGAAGUGUCGAGGCACAAUGGAACCACCCAUGGCAAAUAUGGGUCAGAUGAGACGAAGUGCGCAUGCGGGGAGACCUCUAGCCCCUCUCACAUGUGCCAGUUUAGGGACCAGCCCGGGACGGACCCACUUAGCCUGUCUAAUAGCGGCGAAGUGUCGAGGCACAAUGGAACCACCCAUGGCAAAUAUGGGUCAGAUGAGACGAAGUGCGCAUGCGGGGAGACCUCUAGCCCCUCUCACAUGUGCCAGUUUAGGGACCAGCCUGGGACGGACCCACUUAGCCUGUCUAAUAGCGGCGAAGUGUCGAGGCGCAAUAGCAGCACCCACUGCAAAGAUGGGUCAGAUGAGACGAAGUGCGAAUGCGGGGAGACCUCUAGCCCCUCUCACUUGUGCCAGUUUAGGGACCAGCCCGGGACGGACCCACUUAGCCUGUCGAAUAGCGGCGAAGUGUCGAGGCGCAAUAGCAGCACCCACUGCAAAGAUGGGUCAGAUGAGACGAAGUGCGAAUGCGGGGAGACCUCUAGCCCCUCUCACUUGUGCCAGUUUAGGGACCAGCCCGGGACGGACCCACUUAGCCUGUCGAAUAGCGGCGAAGUGUCGAGGCGCAAUGGCAGCACCCACUGCAAGGAUGGGUCGGAUGAGACGAAGUGCGCAUGCGGCGAGACCUCUAGACCCUCUCACAUGUGCCAGUUUAGGGACCAGCCCGGGACGGACCCACUUAGCCUGUCGAAUAGCGGCGAAGUGUCGAGGCGCAAUAGCAGCACCCACUGCAAAGAUGGGUCAGAUGAGACGAAGUGCGAAUGCGGGGAGACCUCUAGCCCCUCUCACUUGUGCCAGUUUAGGGACCAGCCCGGGACGGACCCACUUAGCCUGUCGAAUAGCGGCGAAGUGUCGAGGCGCAAUGGCAGCACCCACUGCAAGGAUGGGUCAGAUGAGACGAAGUGCGCAUGCGGCGAGACCUCUAGCCCCUCUCACAUGUGCCAGUUUAGGGACCAGCCCGGGACGGACCUACUCACCCUGUCUAAUAGCGGCGAAGUGUCGAGGCGCAAUGGCAGCACCCACUGCAAGGAUGGGUCAGAUGAGACGAAGUGCGCAUGCGGCGAGACCUCUAGCCCCUCUCACAUGUGCCAGUUUAGGGACCAACCCGGGACAGACCUACUCACCCUGUCUAAUAGCAUAUACAAUUGCUCUAAUGGAUUAAAAGAGACUGAUUUGUUACGUACUCCAGAGGUACUACAAGUGGUACCAUGUACCACCACGCCAACUCCAUUAAGCGGGAUACCAAAGCACCCAGAAGACGGUUGGUUCCGUGUGGAGGAACCUCAUUCGGAGGUCCUCCUUCCCGUCACGACAGCGGACGUGACCUCCGAGCCUGUUCGAGCUACGGACCUCCAUACUUGCAUCCCACUCACAGCAGGCGUGCCCGACUCGGCAGCUCUAGUCCGCCGCCGCGAUAAGCACAGUUAUCAAAAUUCACGCAAUGAUCUCACAUUGGACCCAAGACUGAAAACAAGGGAGGAUGGUUGCAAUUUACCAGACUACCACCCCUGUGACAACGGGGCCUGUAUAGACAACUUCAGGACCUGUGACGGCCGCAUGGACUGCCCGGAUGGAACCGACGAGACGCCUCGCCUCUGCGAAAAUGUCAAAUGUCUGGGCAAGUUCAAGUGCGAUUACGGCGGAUGCGUGAGCAGGGCGGCCGUGUGCGACGGUGCCAAGGACUGCAGGGACAACUCGGACGAGCUCGUCCCCGGGUGCGCCGGCCGCAGACAAGAAAAUUCACGCAAUGCUCUCACAUUGGACCCAAGACUGAAAACAAGGGAGGAUGGUUGCAAUUUGCCGCACUACUACCCCUGUUCCAACGGGGCCUGUAUAGACAACUUCAGAACUUGCGACGGCCGCAUGGACUGCCCGGAUGGAACCGACGAGACGCCUCGCCUCUGCGAAAAUGUCAAAUGUCUGGGCAAGUUCAAGUGCGACAACGGCCCAUGCGUGAGCAGAGCGGUCGUCUGCGACGGUGUCAAGGACUGCAGGGACAACUCGGACGAGCUCGUCCCCGGGUGCGCCGGCCGCAGGUCUAUGUGCGAGAUACCAAAGAGCCCAGAACACGGUUGGCUCCGUGCUUGGCCUCACGAGGGGCGCCUCGCUCCCGGCAUGCCUGUGGACACGGUACUCCUGUACUACAGCUGCAAACCUGGGUACCAACUCUUGGGCAACGACGUCAUCUUCUGCUACCGCGGAUUCUGGUCUGUCGACCAGUUGCCUACUUGCGUCCAUAAUGAAAGACCGGAGUUUUCAAAUGUCGAACAAGAAUAUCUGGAUUACGAUGAUUACACAAAUAAUGAAAUACCGGAGUUUUCAAAUGUCGAACAAGAAUAUCCGGAUUACAGCAAUUACGAUGAUUACACAUAUAAUGAAAGACAGAAGUUUUCAAAUGUCAAACAAAAAUCUCUGGGUUACAGCGAUUUCAAUGAUCAUACAAGAGGGUGUAAAGUGGUGGAGUCCUUUAGUGUCGAAUACCGCUGUCUGGUCGACGGGAACCCCAAGGCUACUCGGCACUGCAAGGAGAGGGAGCCGGAAGGCACCGUGAUGAAGCCGAAGUGCCGCAGCCCCCAUUACUUUACCCCCACCCACCUUCCUGACAUGAAAUGUGUUGGGGGACGAUGGGACAACCACCCCAUGUGUCAGCCUGACUGCAGGAAGGGGUUUGGACCAGAUCCCCUGCUCGCCGGGGGACAGGACGUCCAACACGGAGAGGCUGCUCAGAAUGUUGCUAUCUACCGGGAUGAUGGCGACUCCUCGACCUUUGUAUGUGGCGGAAAUCUGUACGCACCCAAUGGUGUUGCAACAGCUGCGCACUGCUUCGAUGGCGUACUGAACGAGAUUGACUUGUUGCGGUACAAGGUUGUCUUAGGCAGCCACCACCGCACGCCGGGCCAUGCCAGUGAUGCGCCUUACGCGCAAACGGUCGGUAUACGCACCGUGCGGCGGGCAAAGGGCUACGUCGGACGGGCGGACAACAACCAGAACGACUUCGCCUCCCUCGUGCUGACGAAGAAAGUCGAAUUCACCUUCCGAGUGUGCCCGGUCUACCUCGACUUCUCUGGUGACGUCCUGAACAACCUCUACGGUGACAUGGGGAUGGUAGCGGGCUGGGGAGAGAUUGACAACAGGGGCACCAUAACAGAUAAGUUGCAAAAAGCGAAAUUGCCAAUCCAUACGCCUGAAAAAUGUAGGAACCUUACUCACCCUCAUGGUGAUAUGAGCACAUUUGCUGGGAACAAGCUUUGCGCCGGGUACAGCAAUGGUACAGCUCUCUAUAAGGGUGACAGCGGCUCAGGUUUACUGGUUGUUAGGGAAGUCCAAGGCUUACUGCGCCCGUACCUAGCGGCCGUCACAUCCACCAGCCCUACCAAUUACUUCAGCACGCAAUGGAACUACGAAUGUUGCACCGGCUUCGAAAAUCUAUCGAAGCACGUGGGAUUUAUCCAAGCCCAUAUACGAGGAGGUCUUAUGUUUUAGCGCGCUCCUCUCUCGUCUGGCUUUACACUGAUUAGCCAAUGUCAAGUUUGUAGUUAUUUACAAGUUGGAAAACUAUAUGUAUAAGUAUGGACUUCGUCUGUGCUGGUGCCCGCCGACGUACACGCGGUGCCCCCUUAGAGCGCUUCCCAGUCAGUUCCACCACCAAUAAACAGCAGCAGAACACAAAAACCGGCCACUUCUCACAAAAAACACUCCAAAAAGUCACAACACGCGCGCCAGCAAACACCACCACAGACGAAGUCCGCGUGCUCCAUAACUUAUGGAAACCCAAGUAUUUUUUUCAGUGUGCGCACUGAAAUGAAAUUUAUAUGACGGAAUUAAGAUUCCCGUCACAUUAAUAACAAGGGAUUAAUUGUAACCCAAUCAAUUUAGUUUAUUUAUAUGUACCUUUUUUAUUGUAUACUAAGUUUUACUCUAAGUUUGACUGUUUCUACGUAAUGUACCUAGGCAUUAUUAUUUUUGUUCAUUUUCACAUAAUAUUAGUCGUCUUCAAGUAAUAAUGACAUUAAAUGAACAAAAGUGACACUUUCUAGAAAAAUCUAUAUCUAUACUUGUAAUAAAACGGUAACUGGACGAUUUCUGUACAUUUAACAUGAUAUUUUGAAAAUUUUAAUUGACGAAAACAAUUAUUAUCGAUAUACUUAGACCCCGAAACAUAUUUUUUUUCAAAUUUUUGUGUCUGUCCGUCUGUCUGCCUGUACGCGCAUCAUGUAAAAACUACUGAACGGAUUUAAAUGAAAUCUGGUACAUUGGUAGCUGGUACUCCGGGUUAUAUAAUAGAAUAGUUUUUAUCCCGGAAAAAAAUAGGAAUUCUUCGGGAUACGGGAUCAAUCGAUUUUUAUCGAUUUUACUCCAUAACUCCGUCAAAGCUCUCGUUCCCACUAGGUUCAACUUUUUAGUGUGUACAAAUCGAAUAUAUAUAGUAACAAACUAUUUUUUAAAUAAUAAUAAUAAUAAACUAAUUAGUUAACUAAAAAGUUACACUUCAUUUAAUUUGAUAAUUUUACUUUACUUUGAUAAUAAUUUUAAUAAUUUGUCUGUAUUUUAGAAUCUCUCCGAAGUAUACAAUCGACACUGAAUUAUUGUGACGAAAGGAAAUCUGUAGACGGCAAAAUGCAUCUGUAAAUGAAAGCAACUCAUAGAAGCCGAUUACGCGACCAACCUUGGUUCAUUUCACAUAAUUUAUUCACUUCAAAAACCUCCUUAAGGGGCAUGAGACGGGCCUGCCCGCGAAAUUCUAAUUUAAUUUGGUUUUUCGCAAUUUGUAAACUAAUACGACAACGUAGGCUUAUGGCAUUUUAAUUGCGACAAUGGCAGUAUCAU